AUGUCGGAUGAGGAGGAUUCGUCGCCUGACAUGGCUUUAGUGCCCAUUACCAAUGUACCGAUCUUGGGCGUGAAGCGGCUCAAGCAGAUCGAGACGAUGUUCCUCUCUCGACGUCUGCAGGGCCCCAGGGCUUCGGCCGCUGGGCUAAGCGUGGAGACUCUGCUGGACGUUCUCCUAGUGUUGUACGAUGAGUGCUGCAACAGCUCGCUGAGGAGAGAGAAAGCGGUGGCUGAUUUUAUACAAUAUGCGAAGCCCAUAGUGACGGCGUUGAAGCGGCUGCGGCUGUCGCGGGACGACUUUGAGCUGGUGAAAGUUAUAGGGAGGGGAGCUUUCGGCGAAGUUUGCGUCGUCAGAGCUUCUUUCAUGCAGGGCGCGGACGGUGGCGUUAAUAUGGCUGCGGCGAGUGGCGGUACAGUUUCCACCACCACGGGGGAACGAGUGUACGCCAUGAAGAUACUCAACAAGUGGGAGAUGCUUAAGAGAGCCGAGACAGCAUGUUUUCAAGAAGAGCGCGAUGUUUUAGUAUUCGGCGACCGUCGGUGGAUCACGAAUCUCCAUUACGCCUUCCAAGAUGAACACAAUUUGUAUCUUGUGAUGGACUACUAUUGCGGUGGAGAUCUGCUCACCCUUCUAUCAAAGUUCGAAGACCGUUUACCCGAAGAUAUGGCCAAGUUCUACAUCGCAGAGAUGAUUCUGGCCAUACAUAGCGUUCAUGAACUGCGUUAUGUUCAUAGGGACAUCAAACCAGACAACGUUCUUUUGGACGCGAGCGGUCACAUUCGACUAGCCGACUUUGGUUCUUGUUUGCGGUUAGGUGAAGACGGCAAGGCAAUGGAAGAUGGACAAGGCAGAUAUGGAUCUGAAUGUGACUGGUGGUCGUUAGGUGUCUGCAUGUACGAAAUGCUUUUUGGCGAAACGCCGUUUUACGCGGAAUCUCUAGUGGAAACGUACGGCAAGAUUAUGAACCACGCUCGGUCUUUCCAUUGCCCGCCUGAUGAGCAUGCUGCACAGGUGUCAGAAGAAGCCAAAGAUUUAAUCCGAAGACUUAUUUGCGCAUCAGAAACAAGAUUGGGAAAGAACGGACUGCAAGAUUUCAAAAAUCAUGAUUGGUUCGCGGGUUUGGAAUGGGAGAAUCUGCGUGAAAUGCAAGCUCCGUUUGUUCCCGACGUCUCCAGUCCUACAGACACUUCCAACUUCGAUGUAGACGACACCGAUAUAAGGUUAUCGGAAGCAGUCCCUCCAUCGGCCGCAUCGUCAGCGUUCUCCGGUCUGCAUCUCCCCUUCGUAGGGUUCACGUUUACUGGCGGUUCGAGACUGUCCGACUUGGGGGCGCCGCCUACGCCGCUUAGUCCCGCUAAGAAUGCGCCUAGUCAGGCACCGAGUAACGCUGGCGAUCGCGCGGCACUUAAGGCGUUAGAGAGGGAGAACGCCCUUCUCGCUCACACCAUCGCGGAACUGAGGGCCGGACUAACGAUGGACAGCGAAGCGCCCCCUGACGAUUUGGUCCAACUUAAAGAAGAGUUAGCUGUUUUAACGAAGAGGAACGCCGAUUUGGAGGCUCAAGUAAAAUGCUACGAACAACUAAAUAGCGGUGUUACCAUGCAGGAAAUGACGUGUUCGCCCCAAGAAAUGGCGUUGCGUCUGCGCGACCUCGAAUCGACCAUAAGCAAUUUGACCAUCGAGAAGGAGGAGCUCACGAAAGACAAGACGGACUCUUUGGAGAAACUCAAGCUACAGGACAAAGAACUGAAAGAUGCAUUGGCUCAACGGAAACUAGCGAUGACUGAAUACAACGAAGUCACCGACAAACUAUCCGAGCUGAGGCAGCAAAAACAGAAGCUGUCUAGACAGGUCCGUGACAAGGAAGAGGAGUUGGAAGUAGCGAUGCAGAAGAUAGACGCUCUCCGCCAGGAUAUCAGGAGAGCUGAUAAAGGAAGAAGGGAACUGGAGACCAGACUCGAUUCUGCAUUGGCUGAGGCUACCAAGGAGCGCAAACUGCGUGAGGAGAAUGCCCGUUCGGCUCGAGUAGAAACGGCCGUCCCUACUGGUGCUGCAGCAGAUGUGGCGAGAUUACAGCACGAGGUGGAUUCGCUAGAGAUGCAAUACAAGGAGUCUUUGGCGCAACAACAAGCUCGAUACAACGCAGAAUUGGCUUCAUUACGCGACCAGUUGCAUGAAAACGACGCCGUACGCUCUGUGCUCAACCGAGAGCUGCAGACGUCGAAGGAGAAGUUGGAGAACCGUCGUUUGGAACAGAUGAGCGACAACGAAGACAGGCAGAUGCUCAUCAACGAGAACAGGAAAUUAGCCAAAGAUUUGGACGCGAUGGCAGAGAAUGGUAGAAGAUGGCAAGCGGAGAGGAGACAAAUGGAGUUGGAACUGGAAGAGCUAAGGGCCAAACGAGAUUCGAUGCAACACUGGGAGACUCAGAUAGCGGAUAUUAUCAGAUGGGUGGCAGACGAGAAAGAAGCGAGAGGUUAUUUGCAAGCGCUUGCUACGAAGAUGACAGAGGAGCUCGAAUAUUUGAAGCAUGCCAGCGCAUCCCGUGGAGUUGCACCAUCAUCACCACCCGGGGCAGCCCCCGGCACCGGGGGAUGGAGGAACCGUCGCUCCCAGAAACUGGACAAAAUGGAGAUCCUCACCUUACAAUCGUCACUGCAUUCAGAGAUACAGGCCAAACAGGCUGUGGGCGAGGAACUAAGCAGAACCAGAGCAGAGCUGUUGGCUAGCCAGAGAGAGUUGGUUGAGACCCGUCAACGUCUGGAAUCUCUGAAUCGCGACAUGAAACACAAGGAGCAGCACAUUCGCGACAUGCAGGCGCGGCUCGAACAACACGCGCCGCAUCCGCCCGGCAACUGCUUUCUGGACAGACCUCCCUCUCAGAUGAGUUACCUCGACCAGUUUUUGAAAGAAGCGCCGACGGAGCGACACUACGACAAUGUGCCCUCUAUUAACAACGAGCAAAAGAUGUCACCGCAGUAUCGGUACAGAAAUAACCAGUACUGUUGCAAUGCAAAGAUAAUGUAUGGAUCUCAACAGUCAGCGGUACUCAGUGGGUCUAUAGACUCCCAAGACGAGGUGGACCCUAGAGCCGCUUCGCCAGCUUCCAGCAAGAGUUCACCUAGCGAAGUAUCUACUGAUCCAUCUCUAGGUCCCGCUGUGCCUGGCAAGCAGAAAGUACACCAGUUCCUAGUCAGGACAUUCAGCAGUCCCACCAAGUGCAACCACUGUACUUCACUUAUGAUCGGCCUCACCCGCCAAGGCGUAGUCUGCGAAACGUGCGGUUUAGCCGUCCACACUCGCUGCUGCGGCCGCGUCGCCGCGCGCUGCCCGCUGCCGCCCGAGCGGAGCCGCCGCCCGCUGGGCAUCGACCCCGCGCGCGGCCAGGGCACCGCCUACGAGGGAUACGUCAAGGUUCCUAAACCGGGAGGCGUGAAAAAGGGUUGGAUGAGACAAUUUGUUGUUGUUUGCGACUUCAAAUUGUUCCUCUACGAUAUAUCACAAGAUAGGAACGCGUUACCGUCGGUGUGUGUGAGUCAAGUUUUAGACAUGAGGGACCCUGAGUUUAGCGUCACCUCAGUCAAGGAUUCUGACGUCAUACAUGCUAGCAAACGGGACAUACCGUGUAUAUUUAGGAUAUCAACCUCUCAACUGGAGGGUGGCAAACGAUCUCAUACGUUAAUGUUAGCUGAAUCCGAGUCGGAGAAAACCAAAUGGGUGGUCGCUCUGAGCGAACUGCACAGGAUACUCAAGAGGAAUAAUUUGCCGGACAAAUGCGUAUACAGCGCAUGCGUGGUAGUAGAAGGCGGGGGUAGCGCUUGCAGCGCUUUACGAGGCGCUUUAUGCGCUUGCGUCAUAGAAGGAACCCGGAUCUGCGUGGGGGGAGACAAUGGGUUAGCUCUGCUAGACCUGGAACGAGGGGAGUUGACUCCUCGUCGGCAUCACGCUCCAAUAUCCAGAUUAUUGCACGUACCUGCUGAACAACUACUGGUUGUGAUAGCGGGUCGCGGCCGCCACGUCCGAUUAGUCCCAAUUCGAGCGUUGGAAUGCUCGGAGGUCGAAUGUGUGAAGUUAGCAGAGUCUAAAGGAGCAGUGGAUAUAACUGCGGGAGAAUUGCACGCAUCAGCUUACGGGUUCGCAGUAGUGUGUAAACGACAGAACUCGUACGUUGUGAACGUAUACGAAAUAACACGUACUGCGGCGCGGAGAUGUCGUAUAGCGGAGUUACGAGCUCCUAGUGCUGUGCUCAGCGUUCAACUGGCAAGGGGGAAGCUCAUACUGGGGUAUAGGGGCGGAUUUGCGCAACACCCUCUACCAGAUCCGCGUAGACCGCACAUAGAACAUCCAGCCGUAUCUCUGGUCCACCCUGAGAACCAAGUGAACCUGUUUCUGUCCCACUCUGGCGCGCGGCCUCUCGCUUGCGCGCCAGUUCCUCAAACUACGGACACUUUGCUGGUGUUCAAUUCCCUCGCUCUAUACGUGGACCGGCACGGGCAUCGAGCCCGGGACACCGAGCUCAUGUAUACUGCUCACCCUCAGCACCACGCCGUUAACGAAACCCACCUACUUAUAUUCACGGCCACGCACAUAGAUAUCUACGACAUUGAAUCCGGAGAGUGGGUGCAGACUAUCAAUAUACCGAACGCGCGGCCAUUGGACGAAAACGGAUGGGUGGUCGCUGUAGGAGGCGGUGGAAACGGAUUCCCCUUCUCCAGUGACGCACCUCCGUAUAUUCUAUAUCUGCGACCUCUGUUUGCACCGGGUCCGUUGAGCGUGGAUUUGCUAUCAUCUUGGGGCAACAAUAAACGGCGAUUCUCUAUAAGGGAACAGUCGCACCAGGCGAUCGAAGCGCACAACAGACUGUCGCAGGGCAGGUCUCGUUUGAUUUCUGCUCCUACCAACUUCGCCCAUCUUUCCCAUAUGGGCCCGGGUGAUGGGAUAAGGUCUCAGCGACUACUAGACUUGCCCACCACAGUAGAGACUGCGGACACUACGCCACAGAUGUACAGCAGUCGGGAGAGCAGUAAGAGGACAUCGCCUUUGACGAUAUCCCACGGCACGGGCUCAUAUAACGGGUCUUGGGGCGCAGGCCGGGCCCGCGAGCCGCCCAGCGAGGCCCCGCCCUCGCCGCCUCUACCGCACCAUCGACCCAUGGACAGGUCUUUAGGCGGCGGUUCGCAAGGCAGUGGGUCUGUUCUAUUGGAGCGGUCGAUCACUCCCCUCAGCCUGGGCAGCAUGAGCUCCCUGCACGAUGUGCUUAAGUCAUAUAAAAAUAUAAAAAAAAGAAAUUUUAAACUAGCAGAUUGGCAAAAUUAUAAAAGGUUAACUAAGUCGGCUUUCAAUUCAUGCAAUUUAGAUAGAAAUGUACAAGAAAUGUAUAACUACUUUUAUGAACAAAUCAUCACCUCAGCAGAUAAAAGUAUUCCAUUUAAAAUAUACAAUUUAAACCCAGCUACAAAAUUCAAACCGAAAGAAUAUUGGAAUCCGACUUUAUCUCAUAUUGUUGCUCAACUCAGGCUUGCACUUAAAACAUUUAGGAAAAAUCCCACGCCUGAGAACUUAAAAAGAUUUCAAAAUAAAGUAUCCGAGGCUCAAAGGCUUAUUAAAAAAGCUAAGGCUGUCUCAUGGCAAAAAUUCUGUACAAGUUUCGAAGAGACUACAACGGUGUCGGAUAUGUGGCGCCGUAUGAAAUGGAUAAAGGGUGGUCAACAGCCUAGACAGUACCCAUCUGAAGAGAAGCUUAAUGAAUUAUUAUGUUCCUUGACUCCCGAUUCAGCACAGAAUACCUGUCCAAUGUUUAACUCUAAAAAUGAGUUAUUGGAGUCAGAUUUUACAUUACAAGAACUAAACAAUUGUAUUAAAAGUAAAGACACGUCUCCUGGAGAAGAUGAUAUUACGUAUUCAAUGAUUUUCAAUCUCGCCGACGAGGGGAAACAGUACCUUCUAACAUUGUAUAAUAUGAUUUUUCACUCUAGUUAUGUACCAGAACAAUGGCGGGAUAUUUCAAUUAUACCUAUACCUAAACUUAAUUCUGAUAAAUUAAGACCUAUUUCCCUUAUUUCUUGCCUUUGUAAGAUACUUCAUUCCAUGAUAGCUAAGCGCAUCGAAUGGUAUAUUGAGAAACAUAAAGUGAUAUCACCUUAUACCACAGGCUUUAGAAGAUGUCAUUCUACUGUAGAUUGUCUUGUACGUUUUGUUACUGAAAUACAACUGAGAUAUACUAAAAAUGUACCUACAUUAGCUUGCUUCCUAGAUGUUGAAAAUGCGUACAAUAAUAUCUCGAUUGAUAGUGUUACAGUAGCUUUGGAUGAACUGCGAAUUGGAAGGUCUAUUUGUAAAUAUUUGUGGCUUUAUUUAAGUGAAAGACAUCUUAAGAUAAAAACCUUGGUAGACAAUAAAAUCAUAACUAGAUGGACGCAUAAAGGUUUAGCUCAGGGGGACCCUAUAUCCCCUCUUCUUUUUAAUAUAGCUAUUUACAAAAUAUGCAAUAAAAUUACAGAGACUAGUGUAUACCAAUAUGCGGAUGACUUUGUAAUAUUUAUAAGCAAUAAAAAUAUUAAUACCUGUACUAUUAAUAUGCAAAGAGCAAUAAAUAACAUAACAAACUUAUUGAAAGAACUCGGUUUAGAUUUGGCGCCUUCCAAGUCAAAGAUUUGUUUAUUCAGUAGAGGCUUUAAAAGAUAUAAUAUUGACCUUAUUAUAAACAAUUAUCCAAUACCACUGUCAGAGAACGUUCGUUAUCUUGGAAUGUGCAUUGAUAGAUGCCUCCGUUGGAAAAAGCAUGUCAACGAAAUAGCAGAGACGUGUCAAAAGUAUUUAAAUUUGUUAAAUGUUUUAGCAGGAUCGGCAUGGGGAGUCCACCCUAAGCAUCUUAGAACCCUAUACAUAUCACUAAUUAGAAGUCGAUUAGAUUACGGUUGUUUUUUGUAUCAUAAUUGUGCCAAAACUAAAUUAUAUAAAUUAGAAAAAAUUCAAAAUCAGGCUCUGAGAAUUAUUGGAGGUUUUAUUAGGAGUUCACCAAUUCAUGUUAUGCAGAGUGAACUUGGAAUGCAACCUUUAUUUAUUAGGAGAAAAUAUCUUGCCUAUAAGUAUUGUCUUAAAGCGCUGUCGUUUCACAACAAUGUUACGGUUGAACUUCUUACAGAACUUAAUACAAAUUUCGAAAAUUCGUACUGGAGAAACAAAACCAAACCACUGUUACCAAUACUAGUUAGAGAAACAGCAGAAAGUAAUGUUUCUUCAGAUUAUCCAUUAAAUAUGUACACAUUAGACGUGUGGAUUAGUCGAAUUAACUUACGUGGAAUUGUUAUAUCAAACUUAGAAUGUAUAAAAGAAGCUAAAGACAAUUACGAAACAAAUUCAAUAAAACAAAACGUAGUAAUAGAAUUGAAUAAAAAAUAUAAUGAUUGCACUAAAAUUUACACAGACGGAUCCAAAUCUAUAACUGGUCUAGGAGCAGCAUAUGUAUGCCCAAGCAGAGGAGCUAAGGCUUGUUUUAAGGUGCUUACUGAUGUAUCUGUAAUGUCACUAGAAUUGAUUGCCAUUCAUGAAGCUAUUACAUACUCUAUUAAUGAAGGUCUCUGCAAAAUUGUUAUAAUGUCAGACAGCAAAAGUGCUAUUCAACAUUUAAAUCGUUGUGUGUCAGGCAAAAGAGGUGUGCCGGUUGCUUAUAAGAUACUUCAAAAACUUCACGAAAUCAAUUCUAGUGGCAAAAGUAUUAAACUGCAAUGGGUCCCUUCACAUAUAGGUAUUAGCGGCAACGAAGAGGCUGACCGCUUAGCAAAAGAAGCAUCUAUUGAAGGUGAAAAUGCAUCAGUGAAACCAUUUUAUUCCGAAACAUUGUCAAAAUAUAUAAAGAGUUGUUAUCUUAACUGGAAAGAAUAUUUUGAUGAAAGAUCAAAAGAAAAAGUAAUAUGGUAUAAAACCAUACAGAGUCAGCCUCUACGAAUACCGUGGUUUAUUAAUUUAACAUCAAGUCGACACUUUGUAGUGACCUUAAAUAGACUUCGUUCUGGACAUUAUCCAUGUAACAAGUUUGGACAUCUUAUGAAAAAAAUUGAGUCUCCCAACUGUGAAGUAUGCUGUGUUGUAGAAGAUCUCCAGCACUUGUUGAUGGAUUGUGUCCGGUACCAGAAUGAGAGACAAGAGUUUAUUAAAAAAUGUAAAUUGAAUAUGUCAGACAUUGGUGUGUUUCACAGCGUUCUGGCACAACCGGUCUCGGAAGAGGCCAGAAUGCUGUCGGGACUGAAAUGGGCGAGGGCCUGCAGUCUGAAGACAGCAGUUGUGGCGCUUCGCCCCCUCACCCCCACCCUAUGGACCCCUGAUGAAACCGACUGA